UUAGGUUCUCUCCCUCCCUGACCAGUGACUCCCUCUGCAUUUUAUUAUUCUGUUCAUUAAGAAAUUAAAAAAGAAAAUUUCACUUCUUCUCUUAAACUUGGUCUCUUUUCGAGGGAGGAGGAGUGGCCAAAGGACGCAAGUUAAAGAGAUAGAUCCACAUCUAGUAGCCUAGAGAUAGAAAUCCAUGAAAAUGGGGGACGACAGAGAAGCUUUGUUGAACAGAACUCCCAGAACGAGAGCGAGGUCCCUUACGCGUUGCUUUUCUAACCCAAGAGAUGAACUGCAGAGCUUUAGAUCGUGGCUUAGAUAUAUGUGCGUCGAUCAGUCUAAUACCUGUACCACCUUUCUCUCUUGGACUUUCUUCCUAUUCAUGAACAUCGUCGUACCGCUUAUCACAUACUUCUUCCUCGCCUGUCGGAGUUGCGAUCACAAACAUCGACGCCGUUUCGACGGGGUUGUUCAACUCUCUCUAUCUUCCGUUGCCACUGUCUCCUUCCUCUGUCUCUCUGCCUUUAUUCGCAAGUACGGUCUUCGCAGGUUUCUCUUCCUCGAUAAGCUUUGCGAUGAGAGCGAGAAGGUUCGACACGGUUAUAUACAGCAGCUCAAUAAAUCAUUGAAGAUGCUAGCCGUGUUCGUGGUACCAAGCUUCGCGGCGGAAAGCAGCUACAAGAUAUGGUGGUACAGCUCCGGGAAGGCCGGUAUCCCAUUCCUGAUAAACAUUUACGUGAGCGACACCUUGGCAUGCGCGCUUGAGCUGUGCUCGUGGCUCUACCGGACCUCCAUCUUCUUCCUGGUCUGUGUUCUCUUCCGCCUCAUCUGCUACCUCCAGAUUCUGAGGAUCCAAGACUUCGCCCAGGUGUUCCAGAAAGAGUCAAAUGUGGGUUUGGUGUUGAAGGAGCACCUCAGGAUCAGGAGGCACCUACGCAUCAUAAGCCAUCGCUUCCGUGCCUUCAUCCUCUACACCCUCACCCUCGUCACGGCGAGUUUAUUUGCUUGCCUCCUCGUCACCACCCGUGCCCACGCCAAUGUCACCAUCCUCAAGUCUGGAGAACUCGCGAUGUGCUCCAUCACGCUGGUGACGGGGCUCUUCAUAUGCCUGCGCAGCGCCAUCAAGAUCACGCAUAAGGCACAAUCUAUCAAGUGUCUUGCCGCCUUGUGGCACGUAUUCGCUACAAUCGACUUCUUCGAUGGUACCGACAGCCACACACCGACGUCUCAGACCCCUACAUACAGCAAGAUAUUCCCGUCCGACGGUAAUGAUGAACUGGACGAUGAAGAAGAGGAUAAUGACGGCGAUGAUGAUCUGGAUAACAUCAAUAUCAUAGUUCCAGCUUAUGCUCACACCAUCUCCUUCCAAAAGAGACAAGCUCUUGUAACGUAUUUUGAGAACAACGGAGCGGGGAUUACGGUUUACGGGUUCCUUCUGGAUCGGACUUUUCUCCACACAAUUGUUAUGGUCGAGAUGUCUCUCGUGCUCUGGAUACUAGGCAAGACUAUUGGCAUUUCUUAAUUAAUUUCAUUUUUCUUUUAGGAAAA